AUGCUGCCAUGUCCGUUCAGUUCUCCUCACUAUUCAGAAUGCUGCCGUGUCCUCUCAGUUCUCCUCACUAUUCAGAACGCUGCCGUGUCCUCUCAGUUCUCCUCGCUAUUCAGAACGCUGCCGUGUCCUCUCAGUUCUCCUCGCUAUUCAGAACACUGCUGUGUCCUUUCAGUUCUCUGCGUUAUUCAGAAUGCUGCCGUGUCCUCUCAGUUCUCCUCGCUAUUCAGAACGCUGCCGUGUCCUCUCAGUUCUCCUCGCUAUUCAGAACGCUGCUGUGUCCUCUUAGUUCUCUGCGUUAUUCAGAAUGCUGCCGUGUCCUCUCAGUUCUCCUCGCUAUUUAGAACGCUGCCGUGUCCUCUCAGUUCUCCUCGCUAUUCAGAACGCUGCCGUGUCCUCUCAGUUCUCUGCACUAUUUAG